AUGGCGUAUUUUACUUUGAUCACGAUUUUAGCUAGCCUGUUGGUGGUGGGUGAGCCACACGGGUACAUGAUAGAUCCACCACAGCGAUCUUCCAUGUGGAGGGUGUAUCAAGGGUUUACUCCAAAUUACAACGACAUGGAACUCUUCUGCGGAGGACGAGAGAAACAAUGGAAUGAACUCGGUGGUAAAUGUGGAACAUGCAGUGAUCCUUACGAUGCACCAGUUCGUGAAAACGAGGCUGGAGGUAUAUAUGCUACAGGAGCAAUCGGUAAAAGAUAUAAACGAGGAGAUAUUAUAAAGGUGAAGAUAGUAUUAACGGCAUACCAUAAAGGUUACUUCCAGUUUAAAAUCUGUCCCCACAACAACCCCACACGGCGCGUUUCGCAGGCCUGCCUAGAUCAAAAUCGACUGACUCUGGCGGGAACCAACCAAUACUUCUUCUACCCCACCAAGUCAGGGGUAUACUAUAUAGACCUUCAACUCCCCCGAAACAUGGAGUGUACGCAGUGUGUUCUUCAGUGGCACUAUAUUACAGGUAAUUCACCGGGGUUUCCACCAGAAAUGUUCAUAAACUGCGCUGAUAUCGCUAUUUCUCCGCCAUAACGGGACCAUCUGCGGGACCAGUGUUUGCUUAACAAAACAAUCUCACUGUGAACUCAAUUCUGC